AAACUGCAAGGGUUUGGUCAUUUUCUCAUACUCGGCUAAUUUGUGAGGGAGAUUCGAAGAAAAUGGCGAUGGCGACAAUCCGAUCCAAUCUUCUUCGCGCCGCCUUCCGCGGUGCCUCUCAAAACUCUGCUCAGCCUAAACGCGGCUUUGCUUCCUCUGCUCACGAUGAUGUUCGUGAGACGGCAAAGUGGGAGAAGAUUACUUAUGCAGGCAUUAUAGCUUGCACAACUUUAGCAUUCUAUAAUUUAUCAAAGGGCCACCCCCACCAUGAAGAGCCUCCUGCAUAUCCCUAUUUACACAUACGCAAUAAAGAGUUCCCAUGGGGUCCUGAUGGUCUCUUUGAGACGAAGGAACACUAAGAGGACUAUCCUUGGUUCAAGGGGACAUCGAGCAUAAUAAUUCUUCUUCCCAUUUCGCUUCAUAUCAGAAAUACUUCAUCGACUGGUUGGGUUUGAUUUUCCUUUCCAAAAGGGAUGCUUUGGCCAUUUGGCGUUUGUUAAAUGCAAUUAGGAUCUUAUGUGAAUGUUGGUUCAAUUUUUUGUGUUGUCAAAACUACCCUUCCUGAUUAAUAAGAUCAACUUUCCGCCAUUAUAAAGCUCAGUUUGCGGUGAA